AUGCCAUCACCAAUCCCUAAACGACCACCCAGUAAUCGUCCCACCUCCAUAAUCAAGAAAUGUCAAGACCAAAACCGACCAGCUUACAUUGCAGGCCCCAUGGUUCGUUACUCCAAACUACCGUUUCGUGAACUUUGUCGAUUUUACAAUGUUGAUAUUGUUUACACUCCCAUGAUUUUAGCUCGUGAGUUUGUUAGAAAUGAUAUAGCCCGGUACUCUGAUUUCACCACAAAUGACAAAGAUCAACCAGUUAUUGUUCAAGUUGGGGUUAGUAACGUUGAAGAUUUUAUGAAAUUUAUCGAAAUGAUUCACCCAUACGUUGACGGAAUUGGGAUAAAUUGUGGAUGUCCUAUUCGAGAUCAGAUACGUGAGGGUAUAGGAGCAGCAUUAAUGAGUAAACCUCGACUUGUUUCUGAUCUAAUUGCAACCGCAAAAGCCAAAUACGGUGAUUCUAUAUGCAUCGAUACCAAAAUACGAAUUCACAAUGAUAUAAAUGAAACGAUUGAAUAUGUCAAGCUUAUUGAAGAAGCUGGCACUGAUAUCAUAACCAUUCAUGGACGUACCAAAACCACGCGGUCAUCUGUUCCCGUGAAUCUAGAUGCAAUAAAAACAAUACGUCGACAUAUUAAAACUGUCCCUGUGAUAGCCAAUGGUGAUUGCUUCACCUUGGAUGAUUGUAAUCUGAUUGCUGAAUAUACAGGGGUUGAUGGAGUCAUGUCCGCCAGAGGAGUGUUGGCAAACCCAGCUUUGUUCACGGGUUUAAAUAAGACGCCCUGGGGCGCCGUGGAGAUGUUUAUGCAUUUAACAACAAGCUAUGGUUUACCAUACAAGUUGUCACAAUACCACGUGGUUCAGUUUAUGGAGAACAUGGAUAUACCAAGAAGAAUAAUUAAAGAGAUCAAUGAAUGUAAAAGCAUGAUUGAUAUGAUUGACUUGUUGGACAAGUACUUUUAUGUCAAGAGGAAAUUGGAAAAGGGAUAUGCAACAGCAACCGAGCCCCAAUGGAAAGUAAAGUUGAGCAAUGAAGCUACAUAG